UUUUGUUUUUCUGAUCAGACUCCAAGCAGAUUCAAGUUUACUUUUUCCUUCAUCUCCAUUCAAGCCGGUUGUGAGUGCUGAAUGUGAAUUUGCGCCAAAUUCAUAUAAAAUAGUGUCUAUAUCCUUAAUCGGCAACAAUUAAGAUAUUUUUAUAAUUACUUCUUUAGUUCCUACUCAAACACAAAUAGGAUAAAAUGAAGCCACAAUACAAAGUUGCCGAUAUCAACCUUGCUGAGUAUGGUCGCAAAGCCAUCAUAAUCGCGGAGAAUGAGAUGCCUGGCCUAAUGGCCAUUCGUAAGAAGUAUGGUCCACAAAAGGUGUUGAAGGGUGCACGUAUUGCUGGCUGUCUCCAUAUGACAGUACAAACCGCCGUAUUGAUAGAGACACUCGUGGAGCUGGGCGCAGAAGUUCAAUGGUCAAGCUGUAAUAUAUUCAGUACACAAGAUCAUGCAGCUGCAGCUAUCGCGAAGACUGGCGUACCAGUUUAUGCCUGGAAGGGUGAGACCGAUGAGGAAUACUUAUGGUGCAUUGAGCAGACUCUGGUAUUCGCUGAUGAUAAGCCAUUGAAUUUGAUUCUCGAUGACGGGGGCGAUUUAACUAACUUGGUGCACGAAAAGUUCCCACAGUACCUUAAAGACAUCAAGGGCUUGAGCGAAGAAACCACAACCGGUGUACAUAAUUUGUACAAAAUGAUGAAGGAAGGUCGACUAGGUGUUCCUGCCAUCAAUGUUAACGACUCGGUGACGAAGAGCAAAUUCGAUAAUCUAUACGGUUGUCGCGAAUCGCUAAUUGAUGGUAUUAAGCGCGCCACAGACGUCAUGAUCGCUGGUAAAGUAUGCUGCGUUGCCGGCUACGGUGAUGUCGGCAAAGGUUGCGCACAAGCGUUACGUGGCUUUGGCGGACGUGUUAUUGUCACAGAAAUCGAUCCAAUAAUCGCUUUGCAGGCUGCAAUGGAAGGCUAUGAAGUUACCACCAUGGAAGAGGCAUGCAAGGAAGCGACUAUUUUUGUAACCACCACAGGCUGCAAGGACAUCAUCACUGGCGCUCACUUCCUACACAUGCCCGACGAUGCGAUCGUUUGCAACAUUGGUCAUUUCGAUUGUGAAAUUGAUGUAGCUUGGCUUAAUGCCAAUGCCAAGGAGAAGAUAAAUGUUAAGCCACAAGUGGACCGUUAUACGCUCUCCAAUGGACGUCAUAUUAUUUUGCUCGCCGAAGGACGUUUGGUAAAUUUGGGUUGCGCGCACGGUCAUCCCAGCUUCGUGAUAAAAGGAUCAAAUUACCCAUCGUGCACUGCUUCGGAUAAUAGUAAAUAA